GAAGAGAAAACCUUGAAGUUCCUGACGGGAGGACCCAGGGCUGGAGCCAAGAAGCCCCUCUUUAUCCCCAGCAGACCUUUCAAUCCCUGGGAAAGGCAGGUCUCCAAGUCUUGAGGAAGAUACAACUUUCAGCUACAUUUGUUCUACUCUCCUCUUCCUUCCUAGUCUGCCAUGGACUGAGGCACUGACUAGUUGAAGGUCCUUAAGAUUCUACCGUCUCAGGUCCUUCUGACUCAUUCUAAUUGUCAGUUCCCCCGAGGAGAAUAAGGGGAAAAGGGGGGUCUUCAAAGAAGGAGGACCAAGGGACCAGAAAAGGAGCCCUCUGGGGCCUCGGGCAGGGGGACAAAACUGGAACCAUCAGGGAACAUGAGUGAGUUUUGGCACAAACUGGGCUGCUGUGUGGUAGAGAAACCCCAGCCGAAAAAGAAGAGAAGGCGGAUUGACAGGACCAUGAUUGGAGAACCAAUGAAUUUUGUUCAUCUAACACACAUUGGCUCUGGAGAGAUGGGGGCUGGAGAUGGACUCUCCAUGACAGGUGCUGUACAAGAGCAAAUGCGGUCCAAGGGAAACCGGGACAGACCGUGGAGCAGCUCCAGGGGCUUAUAGUUCUAAGAGAGAUGGUUUUGCCAUCUUGGAAUCCCCAGUCCUGUGCUCAGCUAAGAAGAAAUGCUGCCCCUUCCUGAACCAAUGACCCCGGGACCUUCCCCUCUGUCUUCCCUACCUAUCAGUGUCUAGAAGGGCUUGGGAGCCUGGACUCCUCUCUCUACCACCCUGGUCAAGCCCCUCCUGGCGAUGGGGUCAAGGCAGCAGGACUGACCAAAUGACCACUGGCUAACCAGCUCUAGCAUUGGAUACCCAAGUGACCUGAGAUAGGAGUCCUUAUGCCCACCCUUGGGAGGAACCAAGGGUGAAGUUUAGGUUCCUUAAUGAUGGUCUGGGCCCUGGGCUGCUCUUUAACUUGGACCUCUAGCUUAGGAAUCCUCCUCUUGGGGUAGGUGGGAUGUACUGUCAAAGCUAAGGCCAUUUUUGUUGAUUGCUACCUACAUCCACAUCCUCUCCAGCUCUCUUCCUGGACUUUCAGGCAAGUGGCCGGGGAAGAUGACCACCUACUUCUCUUAUUUCCCCCUUUGGACUCUAGCUCCUCAGCUCCCAGCAUUUCAGCCUCUCUUUCGGAAUACCUAGGGCCUUUUAACCCUGGUUUCUAUAGCAUUAGUAUCUAUCUGCCAAUUAUCUCCUCUCCCACCUUUGUUUUUUUAUAAUUAAAAAGUUAAUUUAAGAUCAGUUCUCUUAAUUACCCCCAACCAUGUCAGGACCUAUCACAAUCCCCACUGCAUCUAUUCUCAGGGUUGGGAAUUGGGAGAAACCACCUGUGUGCUAAACAUUUGUCCUUCUGUCAAAUCUUCAGGAUCAGGCUUGACCUCCAUUGACCUCCCCUGCUGGCACAGGUGAGGGAGAGAAUGGAAAAAGAGUUGGGAUCUGGGACUACAGAAGGAAGUUAUACCUCAGGGAGGACCUUCUGACCAUCCUGAGAGAGAGAGAGAGAGAGAGAGACAGGGCUGGCUACCUUUGAAUUUGUAGCUAGAAACCUCAUCAUGAAUGUGCCCUGCUUGCAGGCAGGGUUCUGCUUGGAGUAUAAAUCCUAGUAGAUUUGAGGUUUGAAGAAGUGUUUUUUCCCCCAAUGAUUUUCAGUUCUGGCCCAUCUUAAGAGUCUCUGCAGCUGGGCUGUGGACAGACAGAGCAUCCCUUCUAGCCAGGGUUAGCAAGAUUCUACACCUUUUCAAGCCAUGCAACUUUAUUUUAAUAUCUGUGUGUAUCUAAUGUUUCUGUGAUCGGUGUAUGUUUGUGUGACGUGGUCAUUCUUGCUAAUUGGAAGAGAGGUCCCAGAAGGCAUUGGUAGAGCACCCUGGGAUGGGUAGGACCAGUGCAGUGGUGAAAACUCCACAUAUUGUUCUUCUGUGCAAUAUCAGACUCAGGUGGGGGUUAGGAUGAAUUCUGAGUAGUUCCCCACCUGAUAAAAAAGGCCAGUGUUGUGGGUGUCUCCAUACCUCCAAUCUUCCUCCGGUGUUCUCUGCUUUUUUCCCUUUUUGAAGGGGUAGGGAGCAAGAUUGAGGAAGGCACAAAGCCAAAUCGAAACCUGACCCUCCACUCGAGCGAGGAGUUGUCUAGUCUCUGUGGUCGCCUCGGUGGCAGGAAGGAGGUGCUAAGUGAGGAACCAUUAGCAGCACAGGGCCCAAGACUCAGCUCUUCCAUCUUUCCAAGUCCUUUGCCUCCCUUUGCACUGACUAGGGAGGUCCUUGCAUUUGCAAAACUCUGUUCUUCCUACUUUUUAAAUAUCUCUUUAGAUCAACGGUUGAUGUGGCACAAUAAUUUUCUGAUUCACACUUGGCUCAUCUUUCUGGUUGCUUUGAGGGGUAGCCUCGAUUCUAACCCUGAAAGCUAAGUGGAAACUAGAAAUCUGCCUGGGAAUUGACUUGGUUCUGGAAGGGUGAGGUACUGUCUGCUCAGCUGGAUCUGUGAACACUGGUGGCUUUCAUUUCUAGUCUUGGGCCACACUCCUUUUUGUCUUCCCUUUUUGAAAGCUCUUAUACCAUUGGCCUUCCCUUUUAUGGAACUCACUUGAUAUUACUUAUGCCUUCCCUCAUCACUUCUAUCAACUUCCAGAAGUGACAGGGGUGGGUUUGAGAGUCUUAAUUUAUCAAAACAAAGAAACAACAACAACAACAAAAAACUGCCAGACUUUGUUAAAUACAUUUUUUUCAAAUAAAAAAAAAUUCUCCAGCAAAAA